AUGAGAGCUAAAUCUACAAUAAUUCCUAAAUCACACAUUACAUUCUCACUCAGUCCUAGUCACAGGAAUUCCACUUCUCACAGCAGACCUGGUUAUGUCUUAGUUACAUUUCUACAAGAAAUUCGAGUUCCAGUGAGCUCCUGUUACAGAGAGUCCCAUCUCCCCGAGUUAGUCCCAUUUCCCAGAAUAAGUCCUAGUUCUCACUUCUCGCAGUCAGUCAUAGUUACAGUCAGUCAUAGAUCUCACUCACAGUCAGUCUCAUUUUCACAGUCAGCCGUAGUCCUCGCUCAGUCUCAUUUCUCACAAUACGUCCUGGCUCUCAUAGUCAGUCCCAAUCCUCCCAAUCAGUCCUGGUUCUCACAGUCAGUCCUGGUUCUCACAUCAGUCCUUUUUCACACCCACCACAAGUCCCAGCCAACCAAACCCAGCCAACCAUUCCCAGUCAAACCAGACCUGCUAUCCCAGUCCCAGGCCCUCCCCAUCAACCGCAUUUUGCGGCGGCGCGCGGCGCUGUGUGCAAGCCGCGAUGCCCAUCGCUCCCAUCUCCCUCCAGCCCAUCUCUCUCCAACCCCACGCAAAACUCUCCACAUGGGCCGCAAAUUCGACAAGAAGGCCGCCAAGACCUACAGCGUCGUGCACCGCGCGCACGACGACGCGCUCUACUUCGACAACGACGCGCCGCAGCACGUGUUGGUGGAGGUGCCCGACAGGCCCAAGCACGGCCAGAAAGGCCCCGCCAGGACCCCUGGAAAAACACCCCCCGCCCCCCCUCUGGCGGCUCUGGAUGCCCGCGUUCGGGAGCGGGGCGCCCGGACGGCGGCCCCGCAAAACCCCCGCGCCAACGAGGGCUUGGCCGCCCUGUACGGCGUCCUCUACGACGACUCCAGCUACGACUACAUGCAGCAUUUGCGGCCGCUCGGCCAGGCGCCCGACAGCGUGUUCAUCGCAGCCGGCGCCGCGGGCGGGCCUGCCAAGCCGCGGCGCACCAUCGACGACCUCGUCCGCGACGCGCUCCCCUCGCAAACGACGCGUGCCGUGGCGCACGAUGAGCUCGAGAGCAUUCCGCGCGAGCUCCAGGGCCUCAACCCGGACAUGGACCCGCGCGUGCGCGAGGUGUUGGAGGCACUCGAAGACGACGCGUACGUGGAGCACGGGCCCGGCGCCGGCGACGAUGUUUUCGCCGACUUGUUGCAGUCAGGCCCGGCGGACGAGGGCCUGGACGCAGGCGACUACGACGAGUGGGACAUGGACAACUACCAGGACGCUGGCUACAGCGACGCGGGCGACUCGGACGGCUCGGCCGGCUUCGGCGACCCGGCCCUGGCGCCCGCGCCGGUGGUGCUCGACAUCCCCUACGGCGCCGGCGAGGCGCCGGCGGACGCAGGCCUGGCGGGCGUGGUGGACAAUGCGUGGGAACGGGCGUUCCAGCGCUUCCAGAAGGCGCAGAAAGACCGGCCCAACGCGUGGGACUCGGACGACGACUUCGACGACGACGACGACGCGGCCGGCGAGGCCCCGGACACGCUUGGCGAGCUCCCGGCGCUCGGCGGCCCGAAGAAGGCCCGCGGCAAGCUGCGCCGCAAGAAGGGCGCCAUGACCGACACGUCGGCGUUCUCCAUGUCGUCCAGCGCGUUGUUCCGCUCCGAGGGCUUGACGCUCCUCGACGACCGCUUCGAGCAGCUCGCCAAGACGUUCGAGCACGCGGAGGACGACGCGCCGCGGGCCGAGUUCUCCAUGGCCGAGGAGAGGGGCGACCUCGAGGACAUGCUCGACGACUUCUUGGACAACUACGAGCUCGGCAGCGGCGGCCGCAAGCUCGUCAAGAAGGACCCGCGCAUCGACGCCAUGAAGGCCGCGGCGGCCAGCGUGUCGCGGGGCAAGGCGGCGCAGGGGCGCCAGAAGGACGCGCGGCCGGCGGCGCCGGCGCCGGACUCGGCCGCCUUGGACGCCGCGUUCGGCCACAUGGCGCUCGAAUAG